UCUUUCAGUGUUAUGCAAUUGAAAAUCAUGCUUUCCAAGAAUGAAGCAUCUUCUGGUCAUUUCACGUCACUUGGAAAAUUCAGCUGGGAAUUUCCUGUUUGAGCCUCUCUUGCAACCUGACACAAGUUCCACCUCAAAGCAUACUGAUGAUGCCAUUCCCCAUUCAUUCUUCCUUUUGGCUCAUUGUGGAGAACUUGGACUGCAUUGUUCUGGGAACAUCUCAUUUUGAGACUGCCAGAAAAACCAGGUCUUCCUCCCACCAUGUUAAACUGGGAUGCUGGGAAGAUGGAGUCUGGAGGAGGUAAACCCUGCGAUGACAUAGACGCCAUGUUCAGUGAUCUCCUAGGAGAGAUGGACUUGCUGACACAGAGUUUGGGGGUGGAUGAUAAUCCACCUGAACCCAUUAAACCCAGUCUGAACACAGAGUUCAACUUCUCCAUUGGCUUUACAGAUGAAAAUGAGUCUCUCAAAGCACUGGAAGAAACCGAUUUUGAUGCUUUAAUGGCAGACUUGAUGCAAGGGAUCAGUGAGACAGAGAAAACCUGUAGUGUUAUACCUCAAGCUUCACCAGCUUCAGCCAUUGGGAAUACUACCACGACACCAAAUAUUCCAAAUGUUCAUUCAAAGGGGCCUCCAAAGCCACCAAUCAGACACACCGAGCCAUCAAGUCAUAAUUUACCACCACCUCCUGUGGACUUAUUUCCCCCAAUCCCGCCAGUUUCUCUGCCUCAACCAUCGCCACCUCCUCCAGAACCUCCAGAGCCGUUAACUGAGGAGGAACAAAAGGCCAAAGAAAAAACUGACAAGAUUAAACUUGCUUUGGAAAAGCUGAAAGAAGCAAAGGUUAAAAAGCUUGUUGUCAAGGUCCUUAUGAAUGACAACAGUAGUAAAACGCUGAUGGUUGAUGAAAGGCAGACCGUGCGAGAAAUUUUGGACAAUUUAUUUGAGAAGUCUCACUGUGACUGCAGCGUGGACUGGUGUCUGUAUGAAAAUAAUCCCGAGCUACAGAUUGAGAGAUUUCUUGAAGACCACGAGAAUCUGGUGGAAACCUUGUCCCACUGGAUGCGUGACAGUGAAAACAAACUGAUGUUUGUUGAACGAAAAGACAAAUAUGCUGUCUUUAAAAAUCCACAGGAUUUCUACAUUGCAAAGAAAAAAACAGAAGGGAAGAAUAUGAAGGAGAAAAAUAAGGAGGCUUUACUGGAGGAAUGUUUUUGUGGAACAUCUGUCAUUAUACCAGAGCUGGAAGGAGCCCUCUUUGUAAAAGAAGAUGGAAAAAAGUCGUGGAAGCGUCGGUACUUUCUCCUCCGUGCUUCUGGGAUUUAUUAUGUUCCUAAAGGAAAAACUAAGACGUCUUGUGAUCUGGUUUGUUUCAUCCAAUUUGAGAAUGUCAACAUUUACUACGGAAUGAAUUACAAAGCAAAAUACAAAGCACCGACUGACCAUUGCUUUGUCCUAAAGCACCCCCAGAUUCAGAAGGAGUCACAAUACAUCAAGUACCUGUGCUGUGAUAAUGCUUGGACUCUACAACAGUGGGUAACUGGGAUACGAAUAGGAAAGUACAGUAAGACAUUGUACGACAAUUACAAGGUGGCAUUACAAAGGGCUGGACUGGCAUCACGAUGGACAAAUUUAUCAACAGCGGAGUCUGUCAAUACCACUAGCGCCAUUCCAGCUCCUCUUCAAGCAAAUGGACACGCAGGACGAGCCCAGCAAUCACUGAACACACCUGGAGCCCCGUAUAACGAAGAGGAGAAGACAACCAAAGAUAUUGAUUCCUUCCUCCCUCCACCACCUGCUCAAAUGAUGUAUCAAGGGCCAACCAAUUUCGAAGAUGAGGAGCUCCCACCUCCUCCUCCAUCCUUUGAACCACCUCCUCCACCUUUCCAAGCUCCUCCCCCUGCAGCAGAGCCAGCUAAGCCAAAGGUCUUGUCAGGACCUCCUCAACACCUGUCCGACAUCUUCCACCAUCAGCGCACCGCCUCCAACCUUACUGAAGCGGAAAAAAUUCAGGUACGAGAAAUCAACCGAACCAAAUGUUCUCUUUGCGGAUUUACCCCCACCUCCACCGGAUCCAGAGAAUUUUCCAGAGCCGCCUCCUGAUUUUCUGCCACCGCCUCCCUCCUUGCUUCAACAGCACUUCAGGUGGAGGUACCACCCCCUCCUCCUCCUCCUCCUCCACCUCCACCAGCUCCAACCAACAAUGCCCCAAAAAUAGUCGUGCCAAAGAGGAGCGAGGAAUAGCACACUGAGCUCCAAUCCUAGACCUCCUCCUGCAUCGGACAAGCCAGACCUUAUGUCAGAUCUCAUGAAAGUCCUACAGAAAAAAAGAGCUGCACAGAAUGAAUAAGUACAAUCAGUUUCAAAUCAAAGUUUUGUGUCCAUACUAAACUAUUUACUAAAAUGUUUUACAUGUUACUUUAAGAAAGGGAACUGAAAUUCUAUCAGAUGGUAAAUGUGGUAUGGUAAGGUUCCCUUUUCACUUCCUCUUGUUGAUUUAGCUGAAUUCCAAUGUCGAAGCGUGUUGUAUGAUUGAAGUUGCUGUUGCUAUAUGAUCUCCAGUUCAGAAGGAUGUGACACAGGAAAGACUUGCACUUCUAAGGGAUAUAAUUUGGGUCUGCAUAGAGAUCAAAUGGUCACUGCUUACUUAUGCUACUAUUUGUGGCCAAACUGCUCACAAACCACAUCUCGGCCCAUACAUGAAGAAUUGCAACAGUUAUUAAAUGGACCUCAAACCCAUCAAAUACAUUUUUCUUCAUUUUCAAUAUAGAAGAAUAAAGAAGUUGAUUAACUUGGUGAAAAUGGCUACAGACCAUGGAUUUCAAACUUCCUCGAUUUCACUCCUUUCUAGUUAACAUAAAGGUCCAUUGAAAGUCAGAAGUUUGUGUUUGUAACACUGAACUAUGAUACUUGAGGCACAGAGAUAUCAAGCGACAUUCAGAACUGGUUGACACCCAUGUGCUGAGUUUAGGGCUUCACUGUUUCACCAUUGCCCAACAUAUUAUUGUGAAUGUUAAACCAUAGACUGCAGUUUUGAAUUUAACUAACAUCCUACUUAUGAGAAGCACAAUUAGUCCCAUAAUUUUUUUGUGAUUAUUGUGCAUACAGUCUUCUUCAUUGUGAAUUUCUAUUUACAACAGUGUUGGCUAUAAACGUGACAUGAUGCAGCUCUUUUUAAAAAAAAAACAAAGUGCUAUAUAAUGAAUACCUUUUUAUGUAUUGUUAUUAAAAUCAUAUAAAAAAUUAUAAUAUGGCUGUCUAAUGUGCUGCACACCUCAGAGAUGAUCCUGAAUUCUCCUUUCUUCUAUUUUUAAGAAUGAUUUCCCAACUCCCAGAGUCUGAUUUCUUCACAUGUUGCAGUUGCUAUUGAAAUGAGGGAUAUGCCUAACCAAGGAUAAUAUUUAUGACAUUACAAUAUGUUUAUGUAUGAAAAGUUUCUUAAUGGUAAAUCUUGCAUGUUUUCCUGACAAGUUGAUGCUGCAAUACUUCUAGCACACUCUUCAUUCCAAUGUCAGAAUACAUGGCCUUGGGACAUGGGUAUUUUUAUGAACAGGGCCUUUAUGACUGGAAUCAAAAUGGUGCUAUGUUAUAUUCUAUUGGGGAUUCCACAAUACCCUAUCAAAAUUAGC